CUUGGCUUCUUCCCUUCUUCCUUCUCACAAGAUAGCCUCAUUGCCACCGCCGGCCCGCAGGCUCGCCGUCCGGCAACAUCCUGCUGAAGCCGACGUGGUGGUUCAAAUCCACAUGUCCAUUAUGCCGGAAUCCUUAUUCUCAGGAUAAGUUUGGUUCUUGGGGUUGGUUUUCAUCCGAGAUUGAGAGGGGUUUUACUGCAAUAACUUCGUUUCUCUUCGGAAAAGGGUUUUUGAAGUUUGGGUUUCUUUGGAUUAUCUCACCAUAAUUUUGAUUCAUGGCUUGUAGUAUUUGAUGAUGAUUCUCAGGUUCUCAGGUUCUCAGUAUUUGAUGAUGAGAAAGCCUAGUUUCAGGCGACCGAUUGCUCGAGGAUCUCAGGGGCUUCGAGAAUUAUUGGUGUUGAUGUGAACCUGAGAAAAUUCAAUCAAGAUUAUUUUUACGAUAAAGGUGCCGAGAGAAGAUUGCAUGCAAUAUCAAAUUCUGAAGAAUUAUUGAAGUUGCAAAAUGGAUAGAGACCGUUCUUGGAUGUAUUCGAGACUCAAUGAUGGGUUCAUUACGCCUAACUAUUUCAAUGGAGUUGAGGAUUUUAUUUCUUUUGCAUUUUCUCAACAUGAUUUCGUCCGUGGGAAUAAAAUUAGAUGUCCUUGUGUUGGUUGUCAAAAUAAUAAAUGGCAAAUUUCUGACAAUGUCCGCAAGCACCUUUUUCUUAAAGGCUUCUGUUAUGGUUACACUACUUGGAUUUCACAUGGAGAACAACCGACUGGAGAGUCAUCACAUAGUAGGGCUGACAAUGAACCAAUAUGUCAAGGGCAAAAUGAAAAUUUAUAUGCGAGGAUGGUUAUGGAUGUAGCAAUGGGAAGUUUUGAUUUUGAUGCUAAUCAAGGUAAGGAACUGAGGGUAGAAUGUGAAAGUCCAAAUCCAAGUGCUUCCAACUUUUUUUCUUUGUUACAAGACGCAGAUGAACCGUUGUGGUCUGGAUGUGUAAACUAUACAAAGUUAUCAGCUGUCUCUCAACUUUUAAAUUGUAAGGCUGAAUUUAACAUGAGUGAGUCAUGUUUUAAUCGUCUCAUAAAAGUUGUAAAGAGCAUGUUGCCAGCAGAUGAAUGUUUACUAGAAGAUUUUUAUAAAAUGAAGAAGAGACUGACAAAACUUGGACUUGGUUAUGUCCAAAUUCAUGUAUGCCCAAAAAAUUGCAUAUUGUUUUAUAGAGAAACAAUUGAGUUAGAAAUUUGUUCAAUAUGCGGACAUCCCCGAUAUAAGCCAAGUAAGUCAAGUGGCAGAAGACAAAAAAGGAUUCCUUUUAAGAUUCUGCUUUACUUUCCACUUGUACCAAGGCUUCAAAGGCUUUAUAUGUCUGCCAAAAUUGCUGAACACAUGACUUGGCAUGCAUAUAACAAAAGUAAUGAUAGAGUGCUUCGACAUCCAGUUGAUAGUGAGGCUUGGCAACACUUCAAUCUCACCCAUGAAUCAUUUGCUAUGGAACCUCAAAAUGUUCGGCUUGGGUUGUGUGCUGAUGGUUUCAAUCCAUUUGGCCCAGCUUCAAAACCGUAUUCUGUGUGGCCAGUAAUGCUUAAUGUGUACAACUUACCACCAUGGAUGUGCAUGAAAAAACCGUACAUAUUCCUUAGUAUGGUCAUUCCUGGAAAUCCAAAUCAAAACAUUGAUGUUUUUUUUACGGCCCCUAAUAGAUGACUUGAAACAGUUUUGGAGUGAUGGUUGUAAGAUGUAUGAUGCAUAUAGGAAACAAAAUUUUAAGUUACGUGCUGCAUUAUUGUGGACAAUUAAUGAUUUUCCCGCGUAUGGGAUCUUGUCUGGGUGGAGUACUCAUGGAAGAUUAUCUUGUCCAUACUGCAUGGAACAUACAAAGUCUUUUAUAUUAAAUCACAGUAGGAAGCCAUGUUUUUUUGACUGUCAUCGUCGAUUCUUACCUUCAGAUCAUCCAUUCAGGAAGCAAAGAGAUAAGUUCAGCAAUAGAGUGGAGUGUGAUUCUCCGAUUCCUCGAUAUUCACGGGAAGAAAUAUUGAUGAGAAUUAAUUCUCUUCCUAAUAUGACAUAUGGCAACAAUGUCAGUACUGAAAGGGUUCCAGGCUAUGGAGACAACCAUCAUUGGGUGAAGAAAAGUAUUUUUUGGGAUUUGACAUAUUGGCAUACCAAUCUUAUUCGCCACAAUUUGGAUGUCAUGCAUAUUGAGCGAAAUGUUUUUGAUAAUAUCUUCAACACAGUAAUGGAUGUCAAAGGAAAAACCAAGGACAACAUCAAGGCACGAAAGGAUUUGGAGUUGUAUUGUAGACGGCCACAAUUGCAUUUGAUUGAAAGUAAUGGACGGACUUUCAAACCUAAGGUAUCUUAUUGCUUGAGUAAAGAGCAAAAGAAAUGCGUAUGUGCAUAGGUGAAACAGUUGAGACUUCCUGAUGGUUUCGCAUCAAACAUAGCACAUUAUGUAAAUGAGGCCCAAAGCCAAUUAUAUGGGAUGAAAAGUCAUGAUUGUCAUGUAUUCAUGCAACGAUUGCUUCCGAUUGCAUUUCGAGGUCUUCUGCCCAAUUCAAUUUGGGAUGUGAUUACUGAACUAUCUCAUUUCUUUAGAGAUAUUUGUUCAACUGAAAUCCAUAUCGAUCAUAUGUUAUUAUUGGAAGGAAAUAUCAUUGAAACAAUUUGUAAGAUGGAAAAAAUCUUUCCUCCGGGGUUUUUUGAUAGCAUGGAACAUUUACCAAUACACCUACCGUAUGAGGCUAAGGUGGGUGGGCUUGUACAAUAUCGCUGGAUGUAUUCAUUUGAGAGGUAAUAUACUCUUCUAUCUUUAGGGUAUAGCAUGUACUUAACAUGCAUUUAAUAUAUGGUACCUAUUAAUGCUAAAGUGGUUUUAUUAUAUAUAAUUUUUAGAUUUUUGCAUCAUAUCAAGAAGAAGGUGAAAAUUUUGGCUUGUGUUGAGGGAUCCAUUUGUGAGGCAUAUGUUAUUGAAGAAAUUUCAUUUUUUUGCUCAUUAUAUUUUGAACCCAAUGUGGAAACAUACUUGAAUCGUGUUCCACGUAAUGAUGAUGGUGGUGAUAUGGAACCAAUGGGACGUCUAUCAAUUUUCACACAUCCCGGGAGAUUUCUCGGUGCGAAGCCAUUAUUUUGAUAUCUAAAAGAUGAUGAGUACUAUGUUGCAGAAUUAUAUAUUCUAAUGAAUUGCAUGGAGGUCACCCCCUACAUUGACAUCUUUGAUGAAAUGGUUAAAGGAGAUUCUCCUUAUAUAAGAGAAGCUGAACUAGAGAAAGUGCGAAAUACAAGAUUUGCACAAUGGUUCAAAAAUUAUGUUCAGAUUCAUAGAGAUGAAAUUGAUGAUCGUCUUAUUGAGAUUUCUUAUGGCCCAGCUCGUAGAGUACAAUGCUACAAAGGAUACUUUGUAAAUGGUUUCAAGUUCCAUACAAAGGAAUAUGGGGAAACCAAAAAACAAUGAAUAGUGGGGUACUUGUGAAAGGAAGUUGCUACAAUGACUAUGACCAUGACUUAUAUGGCAUUUUGAUAGAUGUCAUUGAGUUGGAAUAUUUUAGUGCUGGAAAUAGGGUUGUACUUUUCAAAUGCCAAUGGUUUGAUACAGACAAAGGAGUAAGAGUACACCCCACUCAUGACCUUAUUGAAAUUAAACACACUUCACUUCUUCGAAGUGGUGAGCCAUUCGUUUUGGCUGCACAAGCUACACAAGUUUAUUUUGGUUAUCCCUCAACUUUAAAAAAAGACGAGAUUGGUGGGCAGUAUUUAAAACGAAGGCUAGGAGCACUUUUAAUCUUUGUCCUAUUGAAGCUAAUAGAGAAAAUGAGAAUGAUCUUAAUAGAGGGGUAUAUCAAGAAACUGAAGUAUCUUUUCGAAGUCAUGUUACUCUUUCAGAAGAACUCGAUGACCCUGCAGUUCUAGUUGAUGGUGAAUUUGAGGAGGUGAAUUCAUCAAUAAUGGUCGAUGAUGGUGAAGAUGGAGAAGAAAAUGGAAAUGAUGGGUCAGAAGAAGAAGAUGAAUAUAGUGAUGAUAGUGAUGAUGAUAAAGCUACUGAAGAUGAAUUGCAACAUGAAGACAAUGAGUUUGCAUCCUCUGAUGAUUAGUCAUACUAUUAAUACUUUGCUUACUACUUAGAGGAUAAUAUUGUAUUUCUGAAUAUUUUGCUUACUAUGUAUUGUAUUGUUAUUUUCAUAUUUUGCUUCUUGUAUGAGUUUUGUGAAACUAAAAUUUAUGCUUUUAAUAUUUGCAUUCAAAUAUGUUCAUUUAUUUAUAUCUAACUUUCAAAUAUAUUUUGCA